GCGUGGGCUUCCCUCGGGCUCUCUCCUCCUCUCUCCUCUCUGCACAUUUGCUUGCAGACCAACGCCAUUGUGCAAAUCGACAAGGAAGAAGACAAGAAAUCAUGGUUUCUGAGAAGUUUUACCUGCGCCUGCUCACCUUUGUGGCCCUACUGACUGUACUGGCUCUCUCAGAUGUUGCUAGUGAGAACACACUGGAAAAACUCUUGAUGAAAAAAGUGGAUGGUGAUGUAAAGUCAGCUGCAGCUGUGGCUGUGACUCCCUCCAAGGCCAAACAGUUCCUGGCCUCCCUUAAAAGGCCCAAAAGACACCUGUGGGACCGCAGCCGCCCUGACGUUCAGCAGUGGAUCCAACAGUUCAUGUACAUGGGAUUUGAUGAAGCAAGACUUGAAACUGAUCUCGCCUAUUGGAUGGACCAGCACCAAUCCAAUGACCAAGGUCGCCAGCAUCACUAUGAUGAAAACUCUCCCAUGGGGCCUCGAAACGCUGGAUCAUACAGAUAUGGAGCAAAUGUCAACUAUGACUACUACUAAAACACCUUGUUCUCCCAGAACCACGUCACUGCUGCCAAGAAUAUGUUUCGAAGGCAUAACCACUCUGAUUUACUGCAGUGAUGUCAGCUUGCUUCUUUCUUUUGUAGCUUGUACUUCUUUUUGUAAAUUGUAUUAACAGAUAGAAAAUCAAGAAAAAGUCAAUUUUUAAGGAAUAGUUCACAAAUAAAUGGAAAUUCUAUCAUUACUUUUACUACAAAAAUACAAAAAAUCCCAGAAAAAUACCAUAAAUGUAACCCAUAUGAUAAAUUUAUGCGAUGAAAAGACUGAAAUGUUCAUCAUUACUGAUAAUCUUUUAUUCCAUUGAAGCAUUUUAGAGCUUGACAGUCACAGUCCUCAUUCACUUUCGUUAUAGUGAAAACAAGGAUAUUUUUUAAAAAUGUCUUAUGGGUUUGAAACAUGAGGGCGAGUAAAUGAUGACGGAAUCAUUUUUGGGUGGAAUAUCCAAAGUGGUAGUUGCGUAGACUGUCAAUGGAGGGACAGAAAACUCUCAGAUUUCAUUAAAAUAUCUUCAUUUGUGUUGCGUUCAUUUGUGAAUUAUCCCUUUAAGGUCUUCUAUCUGGUGUAGUUUUCAAAAGGCUGAAAGCAGUGUUACAAUAAAGAACACAAAACCUUUA